AUGCAGGGCCAGGACUGCCAGGGCCAGGUUCCCGAGGAGGAUGAGCCGCGCAUCAUUGGGGGCCGGCCCUGCUCGGUAGCCCAGCGCCCGUUCCAGGUGGCCCGGACCAAGCGGGGCCAGAUCCUGUGUGGGGGGAGCCUGGUGGGGGCACGAUGGGUCCUGACAGUGGAGGCCUGCAGGCAGCCGCUCCGGGACUUGCAGGUGCUGAUCAGCACCAACACCCAGCGGGCAGGUACAGGCCAGGUGUGCUGUGUCUUGCGCCUGCAGGUGCACCCCGGCUACAACCCCUGGCGCAAUGACGACUUCAUGCUGCUGCACCUGGAUGCACCUGUGCGCUUUGGGCCCCACGUCAAGAAAAUCCGCGUGGCCACCAAGUGUCCCCGUGCCGGCCAGAACUGCAACGUGUCCGCCAAGUUCCCACGGGACCUGCAGUGCGCGCAGGUGCAGACCAUCAGCCCUGAGCAGUGCGCCCGCGCCUAUGGCAGCGCUGUCACCCGCAACAUGUUCUGCGCAGUGACCCACAGUGACCAGCGCAGCCACCCGGGGGUCUACAGCAACGUGUGCCAGGCCAGCGGCUGGACACUGCAGGUCAUCAGGGAGUGA